AUGGCUAUCAACAACACAGAAUCUCUCUCGAAAGCUUUGGCUGAUAAUCUCAAUCUCCCUAAUGAACCCCGCCCAGCAACCCUAGCCCUCCAUGCUGAUGACUCUGUCAACGUCCUCACAGAUGUAGCCCCGCCGUUGCACCUCUCAACCACCUUCAGAUACUCUGACAACCUUGAAGACCUCAUCCCCUGGUCUGACUCCACCCUUGCCAACCUCCCCGCAACCAACCACAUAUACUCCCGCCACACCGCCCCCAACACCACUCGUUUUGAAACAAUUCUCUCCUCCCUGCUACGCGGGCAUGUCAUCGCCUACUCUUCUGGCCUCGCCGCACUUCAUGCUGCGCUUGUCUUCCUCAAUCCGCGCCGCAUCUCUGUGGGCGAUGGCUACCACGGCUCCCAUGGCGUCAUCGACAUUCAAACCAGGCUGAAUGGACUGGUGAAAUUACCUCUUCACUGUGAUCCGGAUGAGUUGCAGAAGGGUGAUGCUGUUUUGUUGGAGACGCCCAUUAACCCUCAUGGGACGGCGUUUGAUAUCCAGCACUACGCGGACAAAGCCCAUGCGCGCGGGGCGUAUUUGAUUGUCGAUAGCACAUUUGGUCCACCGGGGUUGCAAGAUCCGUUCCUAUGGGGGGCUGAUUUGGUGUUACAUUCAGGCUCGAAGUAUCUAGGAGGACAUAGUGAUAUAUUAUGCGGGGUGUUGGUGACGAAGAGCCAGGAGUGGAAAGACCGGUUGUUAGUUGACCGACUGCAUUUGGGAUCUGUUAUGGGGAAUAUGGAAGGGUGGCUGGGGGUGAGGAGUCUGCGAACGUUAGAGGUUAGGGUUCAACGACAGAGUGCUAAUGCGGAGAGGCUUGUGCGGUGGAUGGCGGCAGCGUUAAGUCAUCAUGGACCAGUUUUUGAAGCGGGGAGUGGUGAGGCUGCUGUUAGGGAAGUUGUAAAGAGUAUUUUACAUGCGAGUUUACAGAAGGAGGAGUGGGUGAGAAGGCAGAUGCCGAAUGGGUUUGGGCCGGUGUUUUCGAUUACGUUGAAGGAGGUGAAAUAUGCGAGAUUGCUGCCGACAAAGCUAAGACUGUUUCAUCAUGCAACGAGUCUGGGAGGGGUGGAGUCGUUGAUUGAGUGGAGGGCGAUGACAGAUCCGACGGUUGAUCAGAGAUUGUUGAGGAUAAGUGUUGGGUUGGAGGAUUGGAAGGAUUUGAAAGAGGAUUUGAUGCAGGCGAUGAGGGGAGUGCUUGAAGGAUAG